AUGGGGGAGUGCCUCGUGAAGACUUUGGCCCAAACGCAGCAACAGCCCCGUGGGGGAGAUGCACCCAGACUGCCACCCCCCGCCCCACCAUGGGGGGAGCUUUACCAUCUCCAACGGACCCUGGACAUCCUGCAGCGCCUUUUGCUUGAGCACGGCCUUCGGAUCAACCCCAAGAAAACCACGAGCAUCUGCAGCACAGAUGAUCCCGGAAGAUUCCACAUUGAUGGGGAAUGGGUCACACCGCAAUCGGGGGAUGCGGCACUCACGGUGCUAGGGUCACCAGUCAGCUUCCAGGGGGGACCACCGCAACUUGCAGCCGAAAUGGGGACGAGAGCAAGGAAGGCCUGGGGGAAGAACGAAGCACUACUCACAGCCAAAACCAAGCUGAAGCAGCGCUUGCAACUUCACAACAUAUACUUGUGCGCCAGAGUGCACUCUGGGCGGCUGAAACAUGGCCAGUACAGGACACGCUCCUGCGCGCAGCCAACGUACAACAACUGCAGCACGUGCGCAGUAUGGUGGGGGGGGGCGCGUGCACCGGGGGAGGCGUGGGCGGAUUGGAAUAAGAGAACCCUCCGCGUGGCCAGAGUCCACCUGUACAAGCACAAAGUUGAGAGGUGGUCCACCUACAUACUGCGUAUGAUUUGGGGAGUUUGGGGGCAUGUUGCACGUGCACAAGACGUUACGUUCGAAAUGCUGAUGUGGAGGGGGAUGGAAUGGUGGUGGCAGCAGCAAGCCCUGCCCGACACAAUCGGGGCGAGACACGCGAGCAGGUUCAACAGCAGCCUCGACACGGAACGGCACAUAGCAGCCAUUGCGGGAGCCAGGUGGGGGGAGGUUGCCCGAGACCGCCUCGCGUGGGAGGCCUUGGAGGAGCGAUUCGUUGAGGCACAUGACCCACCCUGGUGCUCAGGGAAACAAGCACAACUGCAGAACCUGGCACAGACAAGACAGGCCAAAGCAAUCAAAGAGUGGAGGCAGGCAAGAAGGGCAGGCAACAGACUGCUCAACUAG